AGUUUUCAAAGCAAAAGGCAUGUACCUGCCCUUCUGUCGAGGAAAGCCGACACUCCCAGCGCUGUUCCGAUCAUUCCGUCGUCUUCCCCACUGGGCACAGCAGCCUCAAGAACUCAUCAGCCGUACCGGAAAGCCUUGACCAAAGCCGCACGAGUAGCUCGCUAGCCAUUUGCGGUGGUGCACUCUGCACUGCCACGCCCGCUCGCUCUGCGGCUUCUCUCGUCUUCCUCCUCCGUCGUCGUCGUCUCUCUCCUACCGCCGACGGGGACUAACUAACUGCCAACCCCACUACCCUGCUCAUGCUCUGCGUGCGCGCCAUCUCACCACUCCGCUCCAUUCAAUCCCGCGCCCCCACACAAAGAGCUUCUUCUCCGAUUCCCACCUCUUUCCACUCCAAAAGCGGCCGCGCUUGUGCUCCACUUGUGUCAGUGUGCCUGGCCCCUGCUGCUGCGUCCCUCCCUCCAUGGAAGCAUGGCAUGGACCCCAUCUCGAUCGGCGUCUUCAUCUCCUCUCCUCUUUAUAUCCCAGCGUCUUCACACCGUAUCCGCCAACUUCCUCUGCAACAACAAACAACACCACUGCUUCCGAGACAAAUGGUGGGGGCGUCGAUGCCCGUCCCCGUGUCGAGACAUGCCGCGGUGGUAGUCGUGCUCGUGCUCGCCGCUGCGCACGGCGCGCUCUGCAGCUCGAGCCAUGUCGAGCUCACCGCCGGGGCCGUCGAGCGCGGCGGCAAUGCGCCGUCGCUGCGUGCGCCCCCCGCGAACGGCACGGGCGCGGAUGAUGGCCCAGCGCCGGCGCCGGCGCCGUCGGGGUCGCUGGAAGGGUGCGGGUGCGCGCCGCGGCCGGCACCGUGGCAGUUCCUGAACCAGAAGCUGGCGGCGCUGUGGCCGGUGAUCCAGGCGUUCAAGAAGACGAUCACGUGCGACCCGCUGGGCGUGACGGCGACGUGGGAGGGCCCCGACCUCUGCAGCAGCUACUUCAACGGCACCAAGUACAAGGGCUUCUACUGCGACUUCCCGCCGGACGCCAACACCACGCUCACCGUGGCGUCCAUCGACUUCAACGGCUUCGGGCUGUGCGCGCCGUCGCUGGCCGGGUUCGUGGACCAGUUCCCGGACCUGGCCCUGUUCCACGCCAACUCCAACAACUUGUCCGGCGACGUCCCGGACCUCACCCACCUGCCCUUCUUCUACGAGCUCGACCUCUCCAACAACAACUUCUCCGGCCCGUUCCCGGACGCCGUGGUGCCCCUCGGCGGGCUCCUCUUCCUGGACCUCCGCUUCAACCGGUACGCCGGCGCGGUGCCGCCGCCCGUGUUCGCGCUCACCGUGGAGGCGCUCUUCCUCAACAACAACGGCUUCGACGGGCGCAUCCCGGACAGCUUCGGGAGCACGGGUGCCAAGUACCUGGUCGUGGCCAACAACCAGUUCACCGGCCCGAUCCCGCGCUCCAUCUACAACACGUCGGCGACGCUGUCGGAGGUGCUGUUCCUCAACAACCGGCUGUCGGGGUGCCUCCCCUACGAGAUCGGGCUGGUGGAGGGGCUGGCCGUGUUCGACGCCGGCGGCAACGAGAUCGCCGGCCCCAUCCCGCUGUCGUUCGGGUGCCUGCGCGACGUGGAGGAGCUCAACCUCGCCGGGAACCAGCUGUACGGGCAGGUCCCCGACGUGGUGUGCCUGCUGGCCAAGACGGGGAAGCUGCGGAACCUGUCCCUGUCGGACAACUUCUUCCACUCGGUGGGGUACCACUGCCUGGAGCUGGUGCGCAGCCGGGUCCUGGACGUGCGCCGCAACUGCAUCCUGGGCUUCCCCGACCAGCGGCCGCCGCUCGAGUGCGCCGCCUUCUACGCCGACCCGUCCAAGCACUGCCCCUUCAUCCCGCACAUCCCCUGCGACCUGCCCGGCUACCACCAUCCGCCUGCCAAGGCCGCGCUGCCGGCCUCAGCGGCGGCGCGUGGCCAUGGCCAUCCCCAAGGUGGUGGAAACUGAUGGGUUCGAUUUGCCAGCGCUUUUGCCGCUGUCAUGAUUAGAUUGCGUCGUGCGUGCGCCGCGCAUUCUUGAGAUGAUAGUGGUGUUGCGUUGUUCUGUGACACAAAGUCAAAUAACUGGUGCCUACUAAAGUGCGCGCGCGUACCAAUUAGCUUCAGCAAUGAACCAUUCAUUAGGAA